AUGGCAGUCCUCCUCUUCGCGAUCUUCACCCUGUCGUCGGCUCUGGACAUGUCGAUCAUCUCCUACGACGACAAAAACGUCGUCGGAGAGUCGAAGUCGAGCUGGAGGACUAACGAGGAGGUGAUGUCAAUAUACGAAGGGUGGCUGGCCAAGCACGGCAAAGCCUACAACGGAUUGGGGGAGAAGGAUUCCGACUCAAGACGACAUCGUUCCAGAUUUGACAGAGAACCCAGUCCUAAGAGGUCCAGGAGGGAUGGAAAAGAUGAAAAAGAGAGAGUCACCAGCAAAAUUAAUUCGGAAAGUGCAAAGCAGUCUGACCAGGAUCAAAAGCACCAGCCCAGGCUGCAAGAUACAUUGCCACUUGAAUCCCCAUUAGCAACUGACUCGAGGGUUGAAAAUGGGGUAUCAAGAAAAGAGUCUGAUAAGAAACCCGGCGGACAUCUAGAAGAGGCAUUCAAUAUUGGUCAAAUGAAAACACAGUGA